AUGAUAAUACCUGCGCUAUUUGCUUGUGCGAGUACAAGGCUAAGGAGACGCUGAAGACAAUACCCAAUUGUCACCAUUCUUUCCAUGCUGAUUGCAUUGAUGAGUGGCUGAGAUUGAAUGCUUCUUGCCCAAUUUGCCGUUCUGUCAAGCUCGCCAACCACAGGGAUGAUACCGAGCUUCUCCCUUCCUCCGUCACCCGCCAAAAUCCCGCCAUUUUCUUUCAGACCCUCAAACCCUCCCGGCCAAAAGCCUUCUCGCUCGCCAUCGUCGUCACCGUCCAUCAAACCCAUCAACAACCCUGAGCUCCUUAAGGACCGUCUGAUCGAGCAACUCGAUGCUGGUCGCCUCCGCAAAGCAGUCUCCGCUCUUGAACUCUCGACUCGACAGGGUGCCCACCCCGACCUCAUUACCUACUCCCUCCUCCUUAAAUCUCGUAUCAGGGCCCGCGAUUUCCAGCUCGGCAAGCUCGUGCAUGUCCACUUGACUCGGUCCGGACUCGAACUUGACUCUGUCAUUUGCAACUCGCUGAUUAGCUUGUACUCAAAAUGCGGCGACUGGGUGCGAGCUAAUGCGAUAUUUCGAAGUAUGGGAAAGAAGAGAGAUUUGGUUUCAUGGAGUGCUAUGAUUUCUUGCUUCGCAAAUAAUGGAAUGGAAUUUAAAGCUAUUGUCACGUUCCUUGAUUUGCUCAAAACUGAGUUUGAGCCUAAUGAAUAUUGCUUUGCAGCGGUAAUCCGUGCUUGUUCAAAUGUGGAUUAUGUUUUUAUUGGAAGAAUUAUUUUUGGGUUGUUGAUAAAAUCUUGCUACUUUGAGUCAGACGUCUGUGUCGGAUGUGCUCUGAUCGAUAUGUUUGUGAAGGGCAGCCACGAUCUGGACUCUGCAUGUAAAGUGUUCGACAAAAUGCCUGAAAGAAAUGUAGUAACUUGGACUUUGAUGAUAACUCGAUUUACGCAGCUGGGUUACCCGUUGGAUGCGAUUGAUUUCUUUCUAGAUAUGAUUUCUAGUGGUUACAUUCCCGACAAGUUCACAUUAAGCGGUGUGGUUUCCGCCUGUGCGGAGGUAGAGUCCUUCUCGCUGGGUCAGCAGUUGCAUUCUUGGAUUAUUCGAUCAGGAUUGAACUCAGAUGUUUGUGUUGCAUGUAGUUUAGUAGACAUGUAUGCAAAAUGUGUUAGGGAUGGAUCCAUGGAUGAUUCUAGGAAGGUGUUUGAUAGGAUGCUUGAUCAUAAUGUUAUGUCUUGGACUGCCAUUAUUACAGGAUAUGUUCAAAGUGGCAGACAUGAUAAAGAAGCUAUUGAGCUUUUUCACCGAAUGAUUAAUGGGUGUAUUCUGCCAAAUCAUUUUACUUUUGCGAUUGUUCUUAAGGCUUGUGGAAACCUUUUGGAUCCUCGAAUUGGCAAGCAGGUCUACAGCCAUGCAAUCAAACUGGGUCUUGCUGCAGAUACUUGUGUUGGAAACUCUUUGAUUAGCAUGUAUGCUCGCUGUGAGAGGCUGGAAGAUGCACGAAAAGCAUUUGAUUCUGUAUUUGAGAAGAACUUGGUCUCUUAUAACAUUAUAGUUGAUGCGUAUUCGAAGAAUUUGAAUCCUAAGAAAGCAUUUGAAUUCUUUCACGAAAUUGUGGAUAAGAAAAUGGGAGUUUCUGCUUUUGUUUUUGGUAGCCUAUUGAGCGGAGCUGCAAGCAUUGGUGCUCUUAAUAAAGGAGAGCAGAUUCAUGCUCAAGUACUAAAAUCAGGGUUCAGAUCAAACCAACAGAUUUGCAAUGCUUUGGUAGAUAUGUAUUCUAAAUGUGGAGACAUAGAGGCUGCUUCCAAAGUAUUCAACAAGAUGGAAGAUAGAAACGUUAUAUCUUGGACUUCAAUGAUCACUGGUUAUGCAAAGCAUGGAUAUGCUGAAAGAGCGUUAGAAACAUUCAACAACAUGAUUGAGUUACGUGUGAAGCCAAACGAGAUCACUUAUAUUCCUGUUUUAUCUGCUUGCAGCCAUGUUGGUCUGGUUUCAGAGGGAUGGAAACAUUUCAAUUCAAUGUGCAAAGACCAUGGAAUUUCUCCCAGAACAGAACACUAUGCAUGCAUGGUUGAUUUACUGGGAAGAUCUGGUUCUCUUACAGAAGCUUUUGAGUUUAUAAACUCAAUGCCCUUCCCUGCUGAUACUCUCAUUUGGCGAACAUUUCUUGGAGCUUGUCGAGUUCAUGGUGAAAUAGAACUGGGAAAGCUUGCUGCAAAUAUGAUUCUUGAAAAGGACAAGCAUGAUCCAGCAGCCUAUAUAUUGUUAUCAAACUUGUAUGCUUCUUUGGGUCAGUGGGAUAAAGUGGCAGACACUAGAAAAACCAUGAAAGAAAGCAAUUUGAUUAAAGAAGCAGGUUAUAGCUGGAUAGAGGUGGAAAAUAAGGUCCACAAGUUCUAUGUGGGGGAUACUUUACACCCACAAGCUCUAGAAAUCUAUGGUGAACUAGACAAACUGGCUUUGAAAAUAAAGAGACUGGGGUAUGUUCCUGACACCAAAUUUGUUCUUCAUGAAGAACUAGAGGAGGAACAGAAGGAGAAAUUUUUGUUUCAGCACAGCGAAAAAAUUGCUGUUGCAUUUGGUCUGAUAAACACAGCCAAACUCAAACCUAUUCGGGUGUUCAAGAACCUUCGUGUAUGUGGGGACUGUCAUAAUGCAAUCAAGUACAUCUCGGUUGCAUAUAGAAGAGAAAUAAUAAUAAGGGAUUCGAAUCGAUUCCAUCAUUUUAGAGAUGGAAGAUGCUCUUGCAAUGAUUAUUGGUGAUAAGAUUAUAAUUGCUUUUGGAAGUUCAUGAGAUUUGCUUCA